CACCCUUUGACGAAGAACCAAACAAGAAAAGAACAUUAUCUUCGCCUGCUUGCCAAGGAAGAAAGCACUUACCAGCAAAACAGGACAAAGUUUGAUCUGUUUAGAAAAAAAAAACCCAGAAAUUAUAGGAAUACGGCCCUACAUAGAAACAGAGUGGAAUUAUUUAUUCAGAGGCCUGGUUCAUACAAGAAUCAGAUAAAGCAAGCUUUUAGAAAGCCUAUCAACAAUGGAAGAAUCAAGAAAGAGGUACGCGGUUGUUACAGGUUCAAAUCAGGGGAUUGAAUUUGGAACAGUUAAGCAGUUGGCCUCAAAUGGGAUCAUGACAGUGUUAACAGCUUUAGAUGAGAAGAAGGGCAUUGAAGCGGUUGAAGAAUUAAAAGACUCCGGCCUCUCUGACCUUGUUGUUUAUCAUCAGCUUGAUGUAACAGACCCUGCUAGCAUUGCUUCCCUUGCAGAUUUUGCCAAAACCCAAUUUGGGAAACUAGAUAUCUUGGUUAACAAUGCAGGUGUUAGUGGAACCAUUACAGAUCCUGACGCUUUCAGAAAUGCUGUUGCAGCCGCAGGUAUGGCUAAGGAUGGUGGAGGAGUCAAUUGGAGUGAACUAAUGACCCAAACAUACGAUCUAGCUGAAGUAUGUGUGGAAACAAACUACUAUGGUGCAAGGAAAGUUACCAAAGCACUCCUUCCUCUCCUCCUUCUAUCUGAUUCACCAAGAAUUGUCAAUCUUACUUCUAGCAUGGGGACAUUAAAGCAUAUACCAAAUGAAUGGGCCAAAGUGGUGUUAAGUGAUGCCGAAAACGUUACAGAAGAGAAAGUAGAGGAGGUCUUAAGUGAGUUUCUAAAGGACUUCAAAGAAGAUAUGCUUGAAACCAAAGGUUGGCCUCCUACCCCUUCUGCCUAUACACUCUCAAAGGCAGCCUUGAAUGCAUACACCAGAAUUGUGGCCAAGAAGUACCCGAAGAUAUGCGUCAAUUGUGUUGAUCCUGGAUUUGUUAAAACAGAUAUGACCUGCAAUGCCGGCAUCUUAUCCAUCGAUGAGGGUGCUACAAGUGUUGUGAGGUUGGCAAUGACUCCAAAUGGCAGUCCUUCAGGUCUAUACUUCUAUGUACAAGAAGUCUCACCCUUUUAAUUAAGUAACAUCAACAGACCCUUUUUCUUUUCAUGAAUAUGAUCCUAGAAUAGUUUAUAAGCAAACGGUCUAUCAGAUUCUGAGUGUAACUAAGAAGGAUCUCUGCUAGUGCUAAUGAUGCUGGAAACUUGUGCCAAACCAUUAUUUCAAUCAGUGUGCCUCUUUUUGUUUUA